AUGGCCACUUUCGGCUCCACACAUCUCAUGCUCGCAAUUAAGACAGGAAUUGUCGUUGGUGUCAUCGCCCUUGCUGAAGGAAUAGCAGUAGGAAGAAGUUUUGCAGCAUUCAAAAGCUACCACAUAGACGGAAACAAAGAGAUGAUCGCGAUUGGAAUGAUGAACAUCGCAGGUUCCUGCACAUCUUGCUACUUAACAACUGGUCCGUUCUCGAGGACAGCGGUGAAUUUUAAUGCAGGAUGCAAGACUGCGGUCUCCAACAUUGUCAUGGCGACUGCAGUGAUGAUAACCUUACUAUUUCUAACACCACUGUUCUACUACACGCCUAUCGUUGUGCUAUCUGCCAUCAUUAUGUCGGCAAUGAUCACCCUUAUAGACUAUCAAGCUGCCAUCCACUUGUGGGGAAUCGACAAGUUCGAUUUUAUCAUCUGCAUAAGCGCAUAUGUAGGAGUUGUCUUUGGCAGCGUGGAAACUGGACUAGUUAUAGCGGUGGCAAUAUCCCUACUUCGUGUACUAUUGUUCGUAGCAAGGCCAAGGACUUCUGUCAUGGGUAAUAUUCCUAAUUCCAUGGCGUACAGAAGCAUUGAACAAUACCCAAAAGCAAUUUACAUUCCAGGGAUUCUUAUACUCAAUAUCAGCGGCCCAAUCUACUUCGCCAAUGCAAAUUACCUAAGAGAAAGGAUCUCAAGAUGGAUGGAUGAAGAGGAGGAAAAGCUAAAGUGUGCACAGAAGCAUGACCUGCAAUAUGUAAUACUAGAUAUGAGUGCUGUAGGAAGCAUUGAUACAAGUGGAAUCAGCAUGCUCGAAGAAGUAAAGAAAAUUGCUAACACUAGAAGCAUUAAGCUUGCGCUAGCUAAUCCCGGAGGAGAAGUGAUGAAGAAGUUACACAAAUCAAAGAUAAUUGAUACAAUUGGGCAAGAAUGGAUCUACCUGACAGUCGGAGAAGCUGUAAGCGACUGCAACAUCAUGCUUCAAGCAUGCAAGCCAAAAACUAAGGCAGUUGAAUGUGAGGCAGCAGAUGAUCAAGUUUGAUGUCACAGAAACUUGUUUCCUUCUACAACAAGAGGGACAGUUUCUGCAAAAGAAGCUUCCGAAUGUUUUCAAUAGAUUUGGAAGCGUCAACAACUAAAUGAUUGUAUUAUAGCAUGAUUGCCAAGUUUGGGAUGUGAUAGAGCAAGUAGUCAUUAGAGAUUGUUGUGGUUUAUCAUUUCCAUGAAGCAUUUCAGGAGAAAUAUUUUUCUUCA